GAUCAAUAUCUACUACACUGUACGUCGCAAAAUUUCUUGUUGACGCUCGAGAAAUCUUAAACGAAAGAAUUCGACAACACCAUAAUCAAGACACAGCCUUCAUUAUGUCGACUACUAAAAAGCGUCAAGCGGAGGAUACCCCCGCCCAGCCAAAGCCAAAGAAAAGCAAAAAGAGAAAGGCGAAUGCACCAGAUGAUGAACUUCUCGAUACUGAGCUUGGUCUCAACACGCUUUUUACCAAGAUGGACAACCAGCUCUUGGCCGAUCAUCUGGCCCAGAAAUUGGGACGUUUCGGCACCGACUUGAGCGCUGUUGAGAUUUCUGAUAUGACUGUACCAGCCAACGCGAUUCAAGAUACCACUUCAUGGCAAGAGUCAAGAACAUUGGAUAAGUUCCCCGACUUCCUGGAGAAGGUGUCAGAGGAUCCCGAGGGCUUGAAGAAGGCUCCCAAGAAGAAGGGCUCACCCCAUACCCUCAUUGUUGCAGGAGCGGGUUUGAGAGCUGCCGAUAUUGUCAGGUCGAUGCGCAAGUUUCAAAGCAAAGAGAAUUCAGUCGCGAAACUGUUCGCCAAGCAUAUGAAAGUUGAGGAGCAAGUCAAGUUCCUCCAGAACCACAAAACUGGCAUCUGUGUCGGUACACCUGCCCGACUUAUGGAUCUCAUCGACAACGGCGCACUCUCCUUGGAUAACUUGAAGCGGCUAGUCGUUGAUGCUUCACAUAUCGACCAGAAGAAGCGAGAAGGGGCCGCCCCCAGAACAGCAAUUUGGCACCUGCUCCUACCCUCACCAUCACCAAACACCACCUUCCUCAAAUGCAUCAGAACAUCCGCCUACUCCUUGAUCUCUGAUGACCCUCCUGAUCUUAGGCUUUUCAUCUUCAUCCGUUGUCUUCAGCUUCAGCUCAAGCUCGUUUUUGGAACGCAUCUCACUCUCUUUUUGGAACCCAUCCCUCGAUCACUCACUCACUUUUUUGCCAUGCGACCUCAUUUGUUCGCUGGCUUAUUAGCGAGCUUAGCUACUCGUACAUACGGCCUCGAUACAUCUACACCAGAAUGUGCUACCAUUUGCUCUCGCGAACUUAUGCACUACCAUGGUAUUCCUACUGUUGAGGGUCUCUGUCAUGACAUGGUCGUUCAACGAGAACUGUUCUCAUGUCUGGCCAGUUCUUGCACUGAACAGUAUGGUCAAGCUUUGACAUAUACUAUCUCCACUUGCUCUCGUCAUGGUGGUACUAUCAGUGAUCUCCUUCCCGUGGAAAUACAACAUACGAGCCUUGCUACGAGGCACUUCAUGCCUCUCGUCUCACGCUCUGAUUCGGCCAGCUUUGGAUUUGAAAGCCGUUUUAGCCUGUCCGUCGACUGUAAAGCCGGAUCUGAUGGUGUUCUUACAUUGUCUCUCCCCGAAUCCACCGCUUCAGUUCACCAAUCUAUUCCUGAUGGUGGCUACCCCGCCUCACCAGGAGAUGGGAAUGGCAACCUCAAUGCCGGAGCAGGUCCACCAGGUGGUGCCCCAGGCCCGAACAAUGGGCCCUUACCAGGAAAUACAGCAAGCUCAGGUGACGGUCAAGGUAGUCCUUCAGGAGGCACAGGUCCUGGAGGAGGAGGAGGAGGUGGCAAUGAUGGAACUGAGCCCUCAGAUCCCAACGCGGAUUGUGAAGAAAAUAAUUCCAAUAAUGGACCUUCACAGUCUGGCAACAAUGAUGACCAAUAUCAGCCUGCCCCUGCUCCGGCUCCUACCAACAGCAAUCCCCAGCCGGAUGGUCAGGCCAACGGCCCUCCUGCGCCAGGACCAGAUGCUGCCGAUGGGAACAGUUCGCCUGAUAAUCCCCAUCAAGGCAAUCCAGGACAAUCACAGCCUCAACCCGCUCCUGCUCCUGCACCACCUCCCUCAGGCCCUGAUGGAGGCGAUGGAGCGCCAAAUCAAGAUGGAACUGGCGGCCCGGGAGAGGAUUGCGAUGAGAACGCUCCUCCAGGGUCUGAUGCUAACUCUCCUGGAAACAAUGCUGCUCCAGCCUCUCCUCCAAAUACUGGCGGCUCAGUGGACUGUUCUAUCGAUAUUAACAAUCCAGUAUGCGCCAACCAGAAUCAGCUACCUCCUGGACCUCCAGCACCACAGCCUCCAGCACCUCAACCGCCAGCGCCAGCGCCGGAUUCUUCCACCCCUCAAGGUCCCCCUCCCCCCUGUGGUGCUAAAGCCGGCAUACCAGACUGCCCUGCCUCUCACCAACCUCCAAAUGGCGAUGGCAACGAUGGUGGCGAUGGAAAUGCGUGCUCGGAUCCCAACUCGACCGUUGGCUGUGUCUCUUCUGAGCCUUCCUCACCCCAGCCUCCUCCUCAGCCAGCACCCCCUGCUGUUCCAAACAAUUGCUCCGGGGACGAAAACUCACCCUGUAACGAUGGAGGUGACGGCGGGUCUAAUCCAGGAUCUAGAAGUCUGCCCGCAAACCCUCCGUCGCCGAAUAGUCCUGAUGUGCCUCCUCCCGAGAUAGGGCCUUCACCCGCCGCCCCUCCGUCUCAACCAAACACAAUCGCCGAUCCUGACAACGGGGCCUCUUGUAAUGGAAAACCCGGCCCUUGUCCCGCAAAUAGUGGCACAGUAAUUCCAGAGCCAGCUAAUCCUCCUUCUCCUGCGUCUCCGCCUUCAACUCCCCCAGACGGCCAAGUCCCUAACGGUCCCCAAGAUAAUGAUGGUACUGGACGGAAAAGCUCCGGUAAAGGAAGUGACAACGGUGAUCUUGGACCCCAAGCACCAGAAAUCACAGCACCACCUGUGCAACCGGCUCUGCCUGCACCAGCAACUCCAGCCCAGCUUUCAGGACCUCCUGUCCAAUCAAGACCCCCUCAGCCUACCGAUUCCAACGCUGUUGGCCGCGCACACGAGGGACCUCAAGUUAUCACGCCGACAAAUGGUCCUUCAAUGUACUCAUCACCGUCUCAAUUGAAGGAACGUGCCAUGGCUGACAUAGAACGAAGGCAAGAGAAUGGUCAAGAACUUGACACUCCUGGAAAUGACAUCUCUGUUCUGCCUGCCGCUGAAGCAGCGGCAUCAGUUGCCCAAGCAGAUCUUCCGACAGAGUCGGGCAUGCCCGAGCCUUCGUUCGUCGUUUCAAACGACUCGACAAGAGCUCACGGCUACUCACGAACGUCACUGACUUUUGCUGCUCUGGCCUCGGGGCCUAGUAAUGUGGGAUUUUAA